UCCCCACCAUGGCUGUGUCCCCCGGAGGAGUCCCCACUGAGCUUCAAGAUGGCAUCACUGCCUUCCUGGGGACACAGAAGGUCCUGCUGGUGCUGAGUGUGCAGCUGCCAGGGAAAUCCAAGCCUGAGGAUCACAUCUUGGUGCUGACACCCUGGAGAGCCUACGUGGUGCUGGUCACACUGCCAGUCAGGGUUCACAGCAGCUUCAGCCUCCUGGAGGUGCAGGAGAUGAGGGUGCAGGAGCCCAGCUUGGUUGUCAUAGAAACGGAUGCAGCAUCUUAUGCCUUCCAGUUCAUGUCCUUUGAUGAUUUGGAACGGGUUGUCUUCCAUGUCACCAUGUCACUUAAGAAGGUUUUUCCAGACUCAUCCCUUGGGACACUGCUCAGGAACUCUGCUCCCAACCUCUACGAGAGAAUCCAGUGGAUCACUGACUCUCUGGAGGAAAUGCUGCAGGGCAGCCCUGGCCCCUGUGGGGGGUUUUCGGAGACCUACGCUGCUUUGUGUGACUACAAUGGCUUUGCCUUCCGGGAGGAGAUCCAGUGGGAUGUGGACAACAUCUACCACAGCCAGGACUGCCGGGAGUUCAACCUGAUGGAUUUCAGCCACCUGGAGAGCAGGGAUGUGGCACUGAGCGUGGCCGCCUUGUCUUUCAACUUGUGGUUCACCAAACUCUCCUGCAAGGACUUCAGGCUGAACCAGGAGAUUUCUGAGCAGCUGCUCUACAUGCUCAGCAAGUCGGUGACGCUGGAGGAGCUGGUGCUGGAAAACACUGGGGUGAAAACUGACUUUGUGCAGAGGAUGGCCCAGGUGCUCAGUGCCCAUCCCAACUCCGUGCUCCACACCAUCAACCUCGCUGGCAACCAGCUGGAAGACAGAGGGAUCAUUGCCCUCAGCAGGCACCUGGAGAGGAAUCCCAAGGGUCUGCAGAGCCUCAGCCUGGCCAGGACCAUGCUCAGUGCCAAAGGAAUGGGCACAUUGUGCAAAGCCCUGGCAGAUAAUGAAGCCACCAGAUCCUCCCUCCAGCAUUUGGACCUCUCCAGGAACCCUGGCACCCUGGCUGGGGAGGACAUCAGUAACCUGUGGAGCCUCCUCCAGCAGUGCCAGACCCUCUCCCACCUCAGCCUGGCUGGCACCCACUGCCCUCUGGAUACUCUCUUUGGGGCCCUGGUCCAUGGGUGCCACACCACCCUCAUCCACCUGGACCUCUCCAGAAAUGUCUAUUCCCAGAGGAGGGUGAAAACCAUCUCCCCAGAGGUGAAGGAAUUCUUCAGCCAGGCCCAGGCCCUCAGGAAGGUGUCCCUGGCAGGGACCAAACUGCCAGAGGAUGCUGUGAGGGCAGUGCUGCAAGGCUUGGCAGACAACAGUCACCUCAGUGAGCUGCACCUGGAUCUGAGCAGUUGUGAGCUGGGAUCUGCAGGGGCCCAAGUCAUCCAGGACCUUAUCCCUGACACCAGCUCCAUCACCAGCCUGGACUUGUCUGACAAUGGUUUUGACCCUGACAUGGUGACCCUGGUGCUCUCCAUUGGCAGGAGCAAAUCCAUCAGGCACGUUUCCCUGGGGAAAAACUUCAACAUCAAAUCCAAGGAUGGGCUCCUGGAUGUCCUGCACCGAAUUGUCCAGCUCACCCAGGAGGAUGACUGUGUAAGUCCAUCCCUGUCUGUGGCUGAAUCCCGACUCAGACUGGCAACCAACGUCCUGCUGGGUGCCCUGGGCAGUAACACCAGCAUCAUCACUCUGGACAUCAGUGGCAAUGCCAUGGGGGACACGGGGGCCAAGAUGCUAGCCAAGGCCCUGCAGAUCAACACCAAAUGCAGGACAUUGCUUUGGGACAGGAACAACACAACUGCCCAUGGGCUCAUGGAGGUGGCUCGAGCUUGGAGAGCCCCCCACUCCCCCUGCAUUCCCUGCAGGAAUUACACGCUCAGGUCUAUGCCCUUGCCAGUGAGUGAUGUGGUGCAGGCUCACCGCAGCAACCCGAGAAGACAGAGGAAGCCUGUGCACAAGCUCCAGUUCUGCCUGGCAAAGGACCAACUGCACCGCACACUGCCCGCCCAGACCUUCCUCCUGCAGCAGGGCAUCCUCACCUCCUCUUCUGAACAGAUGGUGAAUGAGAUCUUGAGUGUCCAGAAGCACCUGGACAUCCUCAUGCCUGCCCAGGGGGGGGGCCAGGUGGAGGCUGACAUCCUCUGUGCUGAGGGCAUCAGGAAUGCAACCUCUCCAGUCAGCGUGAAUCCUGCCCUCUUGUACCAAGCAGGGAACACCCCAUACCAGAACAGCAAAGUGCAGCACCAGUUGGAGCAUCUCACUGAGGAAGUGUCCCAGACCUGUGGAAGACACCCAAACCUCCUCUGUCUUCCCCACGCUUUCAGGCGAAUCAUUGCAGGCGCACUGGACACAGUCCAUGGCCUCUGCCCAGCUGUGCUGCAGAAGAGCAGGGUCAGGGAGCAGCUGCUCCAUGCUAUGUCCGAGAGGAUUUACCUCCAGGACCACCUCAGCCUCAACACUGUGCUGGACAGGAUGGUCACUGAUGUCUUCAGCAAGCUGAAUGAGAUCAAGCUGUCGGUCACAGCAGCCGCUGCCGACUGCAUCAUGGAUGCCGUGCUGGGAGACCUGAGCCGCCAGUGCAAACUGGCCCAGAGCCUUCCCAGGCAGGGGCUUCAACCUCCAACGCUGCUGCUGCUGGAGCCGGCUGAGGACGAUGCCUUGGUGCUGGAGAGGGGCAGGAAUCCCCUGGAGCUGGCUGUGGAGGAGUACAGGAUGGCCCUGCAGAGGAAAACAAGCACUCCCAGGAGCAUCCGGCCCACGCCGACCCUGAGAAGUGUCUCGGAGCUGGAGCCGGCGGCGGGAAGGAACGGGAGCAGCGAGCUCCGAGGCUCACCGGCGCCGCCGUCACUCAGCCCCGCCGCGCCGCCGGCACGCCCUGCUGCCUCCACAAAGGAUGCUGAGCCGGCGAGCGGCGAGCUCCCCGCCACCCAGCCUGCCACCCAGUCUGCCACCCAGCCUGUCACCGCCGGAGCCCUCAUGGACCUGCCGACCGCCGGCGAGAAGCUGGAGCAUUGCACCAAAGCCAGGCCCCGGCCCAACCGCAGGCACAAGCACCCACCCAGCAAGCCCAAUGUGCAGCCUGUGGCCUGUGAGAACAGUGAGGACAGGAGCAUCACUCGUGUGGAUGAGGGGCUGGACGACUUCUUUGCCAAGAGGGCUAUCACAGAGGACCUGCCCCCCACAGCUCUGGAGACCUGCCCGGGAUCAGCCCCUCUGGCUCCCUCUGGCUCCCGCACCCUCAAGAAGAAAAUUGGGAAUUUUUUUGCCUUCAAGAAACCUAAAUCCAGCCGGGGCUCAAGGUGUGAGAAGGACCCCGAGGGUGGCCCCAGGAGCCGGCGCUCCAAUGCUCAGUGACAUUUUACGGCUCCCAGCAGAGUGGGCGAGGGGAGCAAACCCCUGAGUAAAUCAGAGGAGUUGGAGCUCAGUGCUGAAGCCCCCGGGAGAGCUCGAGCACUGCAGACCCCAGACUCAGCCCGCAGGAUCCGAUUCCAAGUACUCACGGAGGGCAAGUCCCAGUCACUCAUCCUGCUCCCCGGGGAGGAUGAGGGUGCACUGGGGGUCAGGCAUGACAAGGAGGCCUCUGGAGAGGAGUGAUGGGGGGAGCUGCCGGGCUCCUUCGAGCAGCUGCAGGUCAUGCUCCACCGCAUCGGUGUCACCAAGGGACCGGCCCCCGAGAGCAAGAAGCAGCAGCAAAGACAACGAGAAUCAAAAAAAGCUGGUUCAGAUGGGGACAUCGUGGACAGCUCAGCAGACUCCCCACCCUCCCUGAAGGCCCGCACACACUCCGUGUCCACAGAUGCACCUUUUCGCAACCUGACUCCAGCCAAGGAGCCCGAGCCCUGGCCAGCCUGGAAAGCCCUGGGGAGGCAGCUGCCUGCUGAGCCACCAACCACCCCCUCCCACCCAUCCCAGCCUUCCUUCCUCCUGCCCGAGCCUGGUGGAUUGCUGGAGCCUGGGAGCCGGGAGGGCUGGAGCAGCAGCCUGCCACGGCUGGGCAGGAGCACCCCGGUGGCACUGCCACGGAGGGUCAGCCAAGGGGAAGAGGAGGGUGCUGGCAGCCCCCUACCCACACCACCCAACACCCAAGACAACCGGCUGGUGGCACCGCGGGGGAUCGGGCGCCGAGCUGUGUCUGUCCAUGAGGAGCAGCCGGAGCCCGAGUGCCUGGUGGAGCUGGGAAUGGGCUCUGUUCCCCUCCGCUUGCGGCGUUCCCCCGUGUUCAGACGCAGAACCAAGCACGACUCCCUGCCUGAGCCUGAGGCUGAGCCCGGACCCUCUGUGGAUGCUCCAGGUCCCACUCCCCAGGACUGGCCCCAGAUGGGGUUGGAGGAGCCACAGGCCAGAGCAGGCACCGAAGGCGAGCGGCCACGAGCCCUGGCACAAACUGCUGUGAAUGCACAAGACUCAGCAGCCAUCGACCAAAGUCUGGUGCUGGGCCGGGGGCAGCCAGCCCUGGGACAGUGA